UGUAGAUAGCCCUCCCUUGAAGGGAUACAUUUUACAUACUGCUUAUUAGAUGAGAACACGUGUAUUUAUAUAUAUAUCUGAUAGUGAUACGUUUUCUCAAUAUUAACUGUGUUCUAUGAUAAAUGUAACAUAAAUAUUAUAAUUUAAAAUAUUAUAAUAAAAUAUAAAAAUAUUGGACAGAAAAUUUGGAAUACAUUACAAUUGGACCAUUUGUAUCGGACAAAGCAAGGAGCUUAAAUAAUCUGUUCACACGUCUAGUGAAACCAGCGGUGAGUUUUAUAGUUUAAGUAAACCUUUUCAACCUACAGAACUAUUAACUUAUGAUGGAAAAAUUGCUAAUUUUCGGCCAUUCUUUGAUACAUUGGCUAGAUGACUUCCAAAAGGCACAUAUGAACAAUUUAGAACUUAAUUCUUGCGAAUUUGAAAUAAAUUAUGUGGGAAUUAGAGGCGGACAAUUUAAAUGGAACGAGAAGAUGGACAAGAAGUAUCAGGAAAAAAGUUUGUUUUCUUAUUUAACCGAAGCGGUUAAUGAUUUCAAGCCUACGAUGGUUUUUCUUCAAUUAGGUGGAAAUGACCUUGAUGUCAAGUUUCCAGAUUCUGAUCAAGUUGUAACGGCGAUAUUUAGUUUUGCUAACUAUUUGAUUUUCGGAAUGGACGUACAGACAGUUGUCAUCGGACAUGUAUUUCGCCGUUUGAAGCCUCGUUAUAUGCAUUAUAAUGCCACGAUUGAAGCUGUAAAUAAUACAUUGACUGAAAAAGCGUCUUCGAGCAAUAACAUAUACAUUAUGCCCAAUAAAGGGUUUAAAGUUGAUGCCGAGGCGAAAUAUUACAGAGACGGGAUACAUUUGUCUCACAGUGGCAAUGUUUGCUUUGCAAACAAUAUUCGCAGAAAAGAAGUGUUCGCAAGAGAUCAUUCUUACGCGGUAUGUAAAUAUUAUUUUGUUCUGUAGGUUGCAAAAGAUGUAUUUCGAUAUAAUUUUUCAAUUUUAUACUAAUGC